AAAUCGAUUUUCUUGAACAUCUAGAUAGAAAAAGGCACAUACUCCACAAUUUCCCACCUCAUGACCAACGCUGCAACUGACAAGUCCGUUGCUUCUGUUGCGAGGGAUGUGCUGACCGGGAAACCGGGAAAAUCGCCAGAUGCUGCUGUGCAUCUUCUUUCGGGCGGAUUGGCUGGGUUGACUUCAGCAGUUACGCUUCAGCCGUUUGAUCUUCUCAAAACGAGAUUGCAACAGCAACAUCUGGAAACUUCCAAAUUGACCAUUGCCGGUGAAAUCAGAAAGCUUUCCCAGCUUAAGGAACUUUGGAGAGGAGCUGUACCUUCUGCCUUGCGGACUUCGGUUGGAGCCGGAUUGUACUUUACGACGUUGUCGAAGAUGAGAGCGGCUGUAGCUCAGUAUAAUCACCGAGAUUCGUCAGUUACUUCUGUACUUCCUAAACUUUUACCCAUGGAGAAUUUGGCUACCGGCUUUGUUGCCAGAGCCAUUGUGGGCUACAUUACCAUGCCAAUAACUAUGGUAAAAACCCGGUUCGAGUCAAAUAUCUACUCAUACCGUACGAUGGGUGAAAGUAUCGUCGGAAUCUAUAAAGACAUUGGCCCCGACGGAGUGGUCCACCGUUCUUCUUUGCUCAACUUCUUUAAAGGCUCAGUGGCCACUUUGGCUAGGGAUUGUCCAUAUGCUGGGUUGUAUGUUCUCUUUUAUGAAGGGUUCAAGAACGAUGUGUUAGUGAAGGUUAUUCCUGAAUCGGUCACAGGGUCCGAUCUGAGAUCCUCUGUGAUCAACUCAUCUUCUGCUAUCCUUGCCGCUUCAGUCUCAACGACAAUAACUGCUCCGUUCGAUGCGAUCAAGACUAGAUUGCAGUUGACCAAGGAAACAUCGAUCUUAAAGACGACAGGAAUUUUGCUUCGAGAAGACGGCGGGGUGUUCAAUCUUUUCCGGGGUCUUUCGUUGAGAUUCGGAAGAAAGGCCUUGAGUGCCGGUAUUAGCUGGUGUAUUUAUGAAGAGUUGAUCAAAAGCGAUUUCUCCCAGUGCCGGUUGUUCAAUAAAGAGCGCUUGGCAUAG